CUAGCCCUUACCUUACCUCAUGCCUUCUGAUGCUCAACAUACAGGGAAAACAGGGACAGGGAAGACAGGGCUUUUCACUGCAACACGGAAGUAAAAACAAGUUUCAAUGCUCCUCCACUUUCUAAGAUGAAGUUAUGGAAAGGUGCCACUUUUGUCUUCAUGUUCUGUGGUGCGUUACAGUCCCUCCACCUUACUAGAAACAUCAUGGCUACUGCUGGACCUUCAUCAUCAUCGUCGUUGUCAUUGUCAUCAAAAUCAUCAUCAAAACCACAGUCGCUAUCAGUGACAAAGCAAAUACCACCACCACCGUUGUCAUCAUCAUCAUCACCAUCAUCAUCACCACUAUCAUCAUCAUCUUCCUCGUCGUCCUGGAUGAAGGCUGGUCUCCACAGAACAGUGCGGGCGGUAGACACCAUCAGCUCUCUCUCCCAGUUGUCCCACCUGCUCCAGAGCUUCACCGAGGGAGAGCUGAAGAAGGUGAUCGGUACUCUGAUGGACAGGAGUAGCAGGAGCAGGAGGAGGAGCGGCAAGAGCAGCAGGGAGGAGUUUCUGGAGAAGAGCCAGGAGAGCACCCAGAGGACUAAGAGAGCUAAGAGGAGGAGGAGGAGGUUAAAGCCGUGCUCUCUGCAGGAGGUGGAGGUGACGGUGGGAGAGCUGGGGCUGGGCUAUGACAGCGACGAGACUCUCCUCUUCAGGUAUUGCAGCGGCAGGUGCACCGCGCACCGACGCAACUAUGACAUCACCCUGGAACACAUGAGGAGGGCGGGGCUCAUUAAAAAGGGGAGGAGAGACAAGGUGCUGUACAGCCCGUGCUGUCAGCCAAUCACGUACGAAAAGGAUAUCUCCUUCCUGGAUAACAACAGUAGGUACCACACGGUGCAGGAAGUGUCGGCUCAGGAGUGUGGAUGCGCCUGACCAUGGGGAGGGGUGUAUUGAACAUUGAAUAACGACCACAUCCACUGAACCACCUGCUACUGUGAUGCGCUCUGUCUGUCCCCAUGAAUACAGGGUACUGGGAUGACAGCAUAAGAGGAUGAUGUCUCGGUGUGGAUACUUUUCAGGAGGGUGCAGCGUAAUGAAUGUAUAUGAAUAGACAAAGUCAUCAGCCACGUGACACCAUUCAUUCCUAUGUGAAAACUCAAUAGCGCAUUGAAGCCAAAUGAAGUCGGUUAAGAUUGCGUCUCAUGGAUACAUGACAUGCGCAGUUUGAGCUACUCCAGGAAGUGAUG